GGUGCUCUCUGUUGUAUCGUCUGGUAGAAGGAAGAACAUUGCAUCUGGCUAAGACCGUCACUCCAUCAUGAGCAUUCAAGACCUCCCACAGUUUUCGUGGACACUCUUCCCAGAUACCCGGCUCCAAGUCAUGUAUCUUCUGAACUCUCUCAAUUCCAUCCUCCCAAAGAGACCUUUUCUGAGAAAUGCGGCAACCUGUGCUCAAGAAGAGGUAUCUUGCAGGUUGUUGAAAUCAUCGUCAGCCUCCUAGUGCUGAUCUGUGUUGCAGCGUCCCAGGCUUCCAUUGGGGCUUCAGUGCUAUGGGAGGCCUGGGGUCCUUCAGCAUCGAUUCAGCCUAUAGCCCCUUUGAGGGGACGGAGCUCAAAGAGGUGAGAGAUUUGGACAUGCAGUACAGCCAGAUGAGAGCCCCGUGCGUGUAUGGAGGCGUGGCUUUCACCCUGAGCAUGAUGGCCCUCACUCUCCUCUUCCUCAUAACUGGAGGGAAGCCGAUCCACCGCCUUACAGUCCGGUUGCUCGUCACUGAAUUCAUCUUCGACAUCCUGGCUUGCCUUGGGUAUAUAGUGGCCGUCAGCCUCUACCUCCAUCUUGUCAUACAGAUCAAUUCAACAGACGUGUGCAAGAGGAGAGAGAGAGUCUACGCAAGACGAGGGUACACAUGGAUGAACUGUGAGGUACAAGGUGGAGACGCGGCUGUGGCACUCUUUGGCCUUGUGGCUGCGUGCCUGUAUUUCCCAAGUGCCGUGGUCUGCGUUCUCACCAUCCGAAGCGUGCGGGAUUUUCAGAGAGAGAUGACCAAGACUCAGUACAGCCUGGAAAGGAACUACAGGGAAGAAGACCUUCACAAUGGCUACAAGACUCCAGAAAGCUUCCAGACCGCCAAGACCUUUGCCACGCUAGUGUAGGCUGUGGGAGGAAUUUAAGGGAAAUGCAAGUUGGUAAGUGGCCAAAGUUAUAUAUAUUUCAGUUAAUAUAGGA